ACAAGGUGUGCGACCAUCUUGUAUUUGUUUAUCAUCAAAAAAUCCAUAUUGCUGUUUACAAACGUUAUUUACGCUUCACUAUGAGUUCCAAUGAAUGCUACAAAUGUCACAAAGUUGGACAUUUUGCACGUGAAUGCACUCAAAAUGGUGGAAUACGGUAUAUUGGAUCAAGGAAUAGAGGUGGCGGCCGUGGUGGAAGGGUUGAUAUGCGUUCAAUGCCCAGAGAAAAAUGUUUCAAAUGCAAUAGAAUUGGUCAUUUUGCGAGAGAUUGUAAAGAAACUGAGGAUCGUUGUUACAGAUGCAAUGGAGCUGGACAUAUUGCUAAAGAUUGUGAUAAUGCACCAGAUGAAAUGUCUUGCUAUAAUUGUGGUAGAACAGGGCACAUAGCACGUGAGUGUAAAGAACAUGAGAAAACUUGUUAUAUUUGUGGAAAACGAGGGCAUAUUUCUCGAGACUGUGAACAAGAUGACCGCAAAUGCUACGGGUGUGGUAAGAUUGGCCACAUCUCACGGGAUUGUCCUGAGGCUGAUAAAGAUGAAAGAAAAUGUUACAAUUGCGGUGCUGGUGGUCAUAUUAGCAAAGAAUGUCCUGAAUCUGGAAGUUAUACUGAAGUGGAUGAGACAGUUUGCUAUAAAUGCAGUGAGAAAGGUCAUAUUGCUCGGAAUUGCAACUCCAACAGAGGAAACAAGUGUUACUCCUGUGGAGAAAUGGGUCACAUAGCUCGUGAAUGCGAAUCAAAGGCUUAAAAAUGAGAGCCCAAAUUAAAAUGGAAGAAUCUGCUAUAGUUAUGUCUGGAUAGCUGCAUUCUUGGGCAGCGUCCUUUCUUAAUGUGGGUGAGUGGAAAUAAGCCAUUAUGCUGCAUAAUAAAAUGCUUAAUGCAUAUAUUUGAUGCAGGGGAAGUUGUAUCGUUAUCUUAUUAUAUUAUCGCUGCUUUUUUAUUGUUGGAUGAAGUCACAUGUGAAAGAUGUGUUAUUUUAAAGUUUUGUUGACCUUUUAGAUUGUGCAAGAUUAACCAUGAUUUCUGUUUUUUAGUGAUUUUGAUUUUAUUCUUGAGUUUUAUGUGAUAUGAAUUGCUUAUUGUUGAAAUCUUUUGUUUAUGAUGUUAUAGUGUACAAACUGAGUUUUGUUUUUGUUUUGGUAGACAUUUAUUUGUUAACAAAUGUGAAUACUAGAAAAAAAAAGGCUUUAUGACUUGCGAGGGAGUGAUAUUUUACAUUAUUGCAAUUCCCACUCUUGGAUGUAACCAAAUAUCUAGCUUGUGUAUUGUGAGUGGAUAAAUGUUGUGCUGGUGCUCCCUUCUUAUUGUGAUGCAACAGUUAUUAUUGAUAUAUUAGUUUUUGUAUACUUGCUGAGUCGUUUGAAGAAACGGCUAUCAUAGAAUUUUUAAAGAGUUUUUCCAAAAGAAAUGUACAAAGCAUUUUAAUGUUUUCUUUUUUUAAAUUAUUACAAAAGUUAAUGAUGACUUUUCAUUUUUUUAAAUUCUACCUCUGUUUGUUUGUUGUUGUUGAUAAAGAGUUACUAUGGUAACUUUUAGCAGUACAAUCUUUAGUUUAUGAAAUAUUUUAAUCACUACUAGAUUUUGAUAAUUUUAUUAUGACCAUAAUAAAUAAAUAAAUAGUUAUAAAUUUAAAUAUAUUUUAUUGGUAUGUUAUUAUUCAUCAUUUCUAUGCAAAUUUUUCAAUCAUAUUGUGUACAUUAAAUUUUAAUUUUUAUAAUUUUCUCCAAUUUUUCAUAAACAUAUUUACCAUUCUCUAGUCAGUCAGUUAUUUUCAAUCUCAAAGGCUUCCUAAAGAGUUUUCAUCAUUUAUAAUCAUUAGUUAUUUUAAUCUUAAAAUUGAAUGAAAUGCUUCAAAUGUAAUUUUAAAAAUGCUCUUUUUGUUAACAGGGCAUUAAUUUUUUUAAUCAAAAAGUUUCAUUUACAAUUUUAAAAUGCAUCUUUUAACUAGAUAUGAAAUACCAUUUAAAAUCUUUAUAAUAGCGUAGACAUUUUUUGAACCUUAGUUUAUAGUUUAAAUUUUUUUACAACUGUGUAUAUUGAUAUAACAACAUAAAAGUUAUAAGUCCAAAAUAUACUUAAAUUGUUAUUUUUAUUUAAAUGUGAUGAAAAUAGAUCAACUUAUAUUAUAGUGGUAAAAAGAGAAUUUAUUAUUGUAUGUUGUAAAUACAAAUUGUUGUUCAUGUUUAUGCGCACAUUUAUUGAAGAUAAUACCACAGUUCUAAUCUCUCAAGAGCUAAACACUUCAUCUUGUUGACUGUAUUAUGUAUCUAUAUACAUGUACGUAAAA